AUGUCAACGACUAGAGGAAGAAAGGUAUGCUGAUUUUGGCAAGGGUUCGAAAACCAAUUGAUCAAAGUUACAUUAACUGAAGCGACUGAAUGACAUUUUGAUAUUUUUUUGAGCAAUCGAGUUCAAAUCUUUGGUUUUAAUCGUAUUCAUAGGAUAGACCGGAUUCAGACAAUUUGAAUGGUAUCGUUUUUCCAUUCAUAAGCUAGUGAUUUAAUGAAGUUUAGAUAAUUUUUUGCAAGUUGAUCAACUAAACUUCAUCAAAUCACUAAUGGAUAGACCAUUCUAUCCUAUUAAUACGUUGAAAAUCUAAUAUUUCAACUUACUUGCAAUAUUAUUUAGUCGAUGUCGAUCAUACUAUACCACCAACCCAAAAUGAAAUUUACAGCCGAGUGUCAGAAAAUCGAGUGGAUCGGGAAAAGCCUAUCAACAAAACCAAAAAUAUUCUUCACACUCAAAACAGGAAAAUAGCUUCUAUCCGUCACUUAUGGAUGAAUCAUCAUUAGCCACCUAUUUUUCGAUGAUGCAAUUGAACUCGAGUUCUUCGCAGAAACUGAAAGAUCAACCACAACCUUUGAUGUAUAAUCAAUCGUCGCCGUUUUCAGAUCUUGGAAAUAUGCAAAAUUUUGUAAGUUGGUACUUAAAUAAUAACCAACACUUUAUUUGAACUGUUUUUAGUUGCAAAUGUAUAUGCCAAGAAAUCGCAGAUCUUCACUAUUUCCUUCUGAAACAAGCGAUUCUUCUCGUCGUGGUUGGUCUGAUGAAUCAAGAAUCCAUCAACAAGCCACCAGAUCAUACAGUUCCGCAGCAAUUGAACGUCCAAUUUAUCGAAACGAGAAUUUCUCACCACCAUCUUCGACUUAUGAUUGGGCAUUUCGUUCGCAUUCAGCAAUGGCAAAACCAUCGCGUUCAACAACUUCUCCAAUAUUGCCAAAUUGGGCAAUUGAUUCAAAUGGUGUUCUUCGUAAUAAUAUUUCAAUCAAUCGCAUUUUGGAAUGUGGAGAUUUGGUGAAAUUUGCUAUGGAUAAAACGGGCUGUCAAUUUGUGCAAGAUGCAUUGCGAACAAAUCUACCCAGUCAUUUGUUGGAAAUGAUUUUUGAGCAAGUUAUUGGAAGACGUGAAGUGUUCAUGGUAAAAUUCCGUGCGAAAAGCAUCAAUAAUUUUUUCGGUUGCAGAAAUUGAGCACAAACAUGUUUGGUAACUUCUUCAUCCAACAAAUCAUCGAAUUGUCCUCUUUAACUCACGAUUUGAACUACAAUUCACGACAAGAGAAAAUCAAAGACUACAUUGGUAGCAGAAUGGCAGAGUUGUGUUUGGACAAAUCAGCUUGUCGUGUUGUACAAUACGCAUUGGAGGUUGGUUUUACCCAUUUUCUACACUGGAAACUGAAAAUCCUAAAAUUCAGACAUUGGAUCUAUCGAUAGCUUGCUAUUUGGUUCAACGUCUUCCACGCGAUGUUCGUCUCAUAUCAAUAUGCAUCGAUCAAAACGCGAAUCACGUCAUUCAAAAAGUUGUCAACGUGAUUCCUCUUCAAAAAUGGGAAUUCAUUGUUGAUUUCAUUGCGCAACCACACCAUCUUCGUCAAAUUUGUUCGGAUAAAUAUGGAUGUCGAGUUGUGCAGACGAUUAUUGAGAAAUUGACAACUGACUCGAUCAAUUCGGAUUUGACAGUAAGUUUUGAAAGAAUUAAUGAAUUUUCAACCGAAAAAAGGCUUAUUCAUGCUCUGAUCCUUUAAAAUUUUCAGAUCUCUGCUCAAAAUCUCCGCGAACUUGCUCUUCAAAGAAUCAUGACUUCUGUGAUAUCAAAAUGUUCGGAAUUGGCAACAAAUGAAUAUGCUAAUUAUAUUAUUCAACACAUUGUAUCAACAGAUGAAAUGGAUGUUUAUCGCGAACAAAUCAUUGAAAAAUGUUUGAUGUAAGUUGAAAAAAAUCUUUAAACUCUUGAAGAAAAAAUGAUUUUCAGGAGAAACUUGUUGUCUCUAUCACAAGAGAAAUUCGCGUCACACGUUGUCGAAAAAGCGUUUCUUCAUGCUCCGCUCACACUUUUGGCUGAAAUGAUGGAUGAGAUUUUCGAUGGAUAUGUUCCACAUCCGGAAACUGGAAAAGACGCAUUAGACAUUAUGAUGUUCCAUCAAUUUGGCAACUAUGUUAUUCAAUGUAUGUUGACAAUUUGUUGCGAAUCCGUUUCAAGACAACGAAAAACGAAAGAAGGUGGCUACGAUUAUAUUCGAUCGUUCGAAGUGUGGCUCAAAAAAUUGCAGACUCGCGUUUUCAAAGAGAAAAAUCGUUUGUUGCGAUUCUCAUCAGGCAAGAAAAUGAUUGACACACUUCAAAAUCUUCGAUUCUGCCCAACUUCAUCAUCUACUUCUGCACAAUAUUCAUUGAACAAAUAUUAUAGCACAGCUUCGGAAGAUGAAGACGAUGAUUGUGAUGAUUCGAGAGAGGAAAAAAUGAGUGUGUAUUUGGAAAAAGUUUGUGAUGAGAAUGGACAUUUGGGAAAGAAGAGAAAGAAUUUGAGCAUUGUAUCGGUCAGUUUUCAUUUUAAGAAUUUUGAGUUUUUACAAAAAGUUUAAAAAUUGGGAGAGACUAGUAAUAAAAUAACGCUCUCCGGAAAACAGGCUCAUUUUGAAUUAAAACAAAUAAAGUUUCGCAAAAAAUAAAAUGGUGUUCAUAAGUGUAAAAAUAUAAGUGUAAAAUUGAUGCGAGGCCCAAAGUUAAUAUUAGAAAGGUCAAAACAUUUAGAAUUAAAAGGCACAAUAUUUAUUGUUGAAUACGGUAUUGUUGUAAUAGAACUUUUUUAUGAUACGUUCAAAAUAGUGGUGGAAAACAGAAAAUGAAUUUUUCAGUAGGACGACUUUGAAUUUCCUUGUCCCCAAGCUAGUCUCUCAAUUUUUUAAUUCCAGAUUUUUAAAAAUAAUUUUGCCCUACUGUAGCUUUAAGUUGUUUUUUUUUUCAGCUUUCCAAUUGAACUCUUUUUUUUUCAAAAUACUGUUAAAUAUUUCUAGAUCCACGAUCACGACGGCGAUGAUGACGAAUCGGACAACAAUCUUCCAAUUCCUCCAUCAUCACAAUUUCCAUCAACAUCCUCCUCUUCUCAUUCACGACAUCGUCUUUAA